ACCGGUUCCCAGCCUCAGAUCGACUUCCUAUUUUCGUGCCAUAAAUCCGUCCUUCUUGAGCACGCGUGCCGAGUGAUGCUAGUCAAACUAGCCCUUCUUGACCGUCGUGUGACCGCGUUAUUGCCGACCACCCUCGGUCAUUUCUGUCAUCGAACAAGUCGAGUCUGGGUCGAAGAUGCUGCAUGGUUCCGCUAUUCUGGGCAGCGAGAGAACGCCUGUCAUCCGGGUCUCGUUCGGCAGCUGUGUGGCGGCCACCGCAUGUCUGCCGCUGUUCGGACUCGUCCUCUGCGUCUUCAUAUCUUCCUAUUUCCACUUCGAGGACUCGACUGGGACGCACUGCCAGGUCCCUAACUACCUUCCUUCCAUCAGUGCCUCCAUCAGUUUGAGUCCUGAAUGUCAGAUCUGGAGAUUCUGCAUUGGUCUCCACUCCGCCCCCAGGAUCCUGCUGGCCUUCUCCUAUUUUAAGUUUUACAAAUCCCGCUUCUCUACCAAACUGCCUGAGAGUUUCCUUGGCUUUCUCAACUUGGCCUUUUCCAUCUUGGAGAACCUCGGCCUCCUGCUGCUCACAUACGUAUCGUCCAGCGAAACCUACUUCAUUCAUGAGGAGGGUUUCGUCCUCUUCAUCUUGAGCUCCCUCAUCUACAUGCUGAUCACCUGUCGCCUGUGGAAGACAAUUAAGAACUACUCAUUGAAUCCGGAGGACUCCAGAUCUCACCUCUGGAAGAAACGUUUCCUAGUUAUCUACAUCAUCUGUUGCGCUUUUGCUGGAUUCUUUUUCUGGAAGCACAACAUGUACUGUGAAUCAGGAAGUUACACAAUGUUCGCCUUGUUCGAGUAUCUCAUCGUCCUUUCCAACAUGGCCUUCCAUCUGACGGCCGUCUGGGACUUCAAAACGCGGGAGGUCAUGGUCAUUUCUUCCACUGAGGAUAAAGACUUUUGACUAGGAACUUGCCGACACGAGAGCUUUCUCUGGUUUAACAUGACAGACAGUACUUCAAGUAUGUAAAGGUUAUAUAUUUGACUGUUUUUAGUUGUUCCGGUGCCUAUUAAGACUUGGGAUACCAGUAUUAGCGUCAGAGGUGAGCUACGUUUCUGGACUAGAGUCUGUGUUUCAGACGUGUGAAUGAUAAUUUAAUUUAAUUUAAUUUAAUUUAAUUUAAUUUAAUUUAAUUUAAUUUAAUUUAAUUUAAUUUAAUUUUAUUUAACAAUUUGCUCUCUAGACAAUACGGAAGCUUUGUAAGUGCAGGAGUUCCUGGUCCACUGAUCACACUGAUGCACAAGACACGUGGCAGCUAGGAGGAUAACAACAACAAACAUGGAGGAAUCAGUGAACAAAAGCAAACAAAAGCAUCUGUUUGCUUUUGUUCAGGGAGGUUUUUCACUACAGAAUGGCCAGGGUUUCCACUACUCUGAAUGUUUUUGAAAUUGUUAUAACAUUGAAAUUACAUUACAUAUACAAAUAUUUUCAAGACAUUAAAAGAGCUUUAGUUUAAAUAAGGCGAUAUAAAAACUUGAAUAUAGCCACCAUCGUGAUCUAUUGUACUAUUGUCAAACUGAUGCAAAACGUAUGUAUGGGUCCAGUAAUAUACCAAAUUCAGUCAAAUUGAAAAUGUGGCUUCUUGUGGCAAAUAUUCUUAUACCAAUAAACCGCGAUUAAUUGAUAUUAAUUGAUCACAAAUGCUCUAAUUAAUUAGAUUUUUUUUUAAUCGAAUCCCACCCCAAAUAUUUACACAUUUUACCUUCUGUUCUGUUUGUAAAAUAUUCACCACUUAAGAGGAUCAUCCAUUAUUUAUGAUUUAUCUUGAGAAUUUUUAAAUAAAUCUUUAAAUAAUAUCUAAUCAAAGCAUCCAAUAUCAUAGUGUAAUUCAAUGUUUUAAGUUUUAUAAUAUUUAAAUCACAAUAUUUAAGUUUCAUUUAAGAUUAUUUUUGUUCCUGUCCUUCUGUCUUUUGACUUGACAGCCCAUAAUGUUGGUCACAUAAAAAUUAAAUAUAAAAAACGUGGCCCCUUCAGAGCUUGAAUUGUCCUCCUCUGGUGUAUACAAUAUUAUACAUGCAGUUCUAUCAUGUAAAAUUGUUAUUGAAUAAUUGCAUCAUGGGUUCUGAAUGGGCUCGGACGAUGAUUUCAAAUUGAAGUGUGUCAUUUAACUAUUGAUGCAUUCUUCUGCUAAAAGGUUGAUGUGGUUAAAUACAGUUUAAGCUUUGUUGUCCUUCACUGCCAAUUGAUAUACGGUUAUAAAAAUCUUA